CUCAUUUUAACACACAUUUUUCACAUCAAAAUCUCCUCUUUUACACAAUUCUUCAUCUUUUUGCUUCAUUCAUGGCCGGAGGAAAGAAGACAAAGGUUUCCAAGAAGAAGGGCAACGCCGAAGCUACGACCUCAGCGCCACCGCCGUUCCCCUACCUGGACGGCUCGUUUCUUGAGUUCAGGUCGGAGGAGGAACUCAACCGGUUCCUCACGCACUUUGCCAAGCGUCCCAUUUCUCCGCCUAGGGUGCUGCCCGAGUUGUACCCUCAACAAAAGGGGUACCAUGACCUCGACAAUCAGCUUCAAGCAUCGGGUCUGUGGUCGUUCGUCUCCAGGAGCCGCUCGAGCUUCAAUCCCGCCUUUGUGCGAGCCUUCUACUCCAAUCUCUGCCGAGACGGGGACACCAUUCGCAGUAGCAUCAAUCUCUACGACAUAGAGAUUGAUCUGGCUACCUUCGCUCGGGUCGCAGGGCUGCCCACCCGCGGUGACGACAUCACAACAUAUGGCGGCGAUGAUUGGAUCCUCAACAACGAGGCGGUGGUCAUCCGAGAGCUUGGGAUCACCAUCCUCAUCCGUCACAGCGGCGCACCAACAAUCCACUCAGCCCCGCCGGAGAAGCGUCUUCUUCUCUACAUCCUCACCCGGAUUCUUCGCCCCCGGGACGGUAGCCACACAUGUCUCUUCAACGAGGAUCUCAAGGCGGUUCAUGCUAUAACCCACGGCGCCUCGAUCAAUUGGGCAAAAUACGUCAUGAUUCACAUGGCGGAUUGCGCCUCCAUCGCCACUGAGCGGAGCUUGCCAUACGCCUUCCUCGUCAUGGACCUCAUCAUCUCCGCCGACAUCUCCAUCGCCGGCCCGGAUACGAAGAUGACAAAGAUUUGGAUAAUUCAAGACAGCACCUUCCGGAAGAAGUCCGGAGACCGGGACGACGCAGGCCCGAACGGCAUGGGGCAGUCAAUCGAGCGGAUGGACUGGACGCUGCAACGCCAACACCAUGACAUGACGGUGUUCUUCCGCGGCAUCAACUACGUCCCGCCGCCCUUUGACAGCACCUUCCUCGGCCAAAACUAUGAAGGCGAGGACGAGGAGGAUAACUCCUAUGGUCCAUCCUCCUCUCCCGACGAGGCCGACUUUGAAGACGCGGUCGACGGGGAUCCCAUGGACGUUGAGAACGACGAAGAAGACGAUGACGCCGAGGACGAGGACGCCGCUGCCUAAACUCUUCUUUUUUUUCCUUCCUUCCUAUGAUUGUUUUUUAUUAUUAUUAAUUCCAUUCCGUUGUAUUCCACAUUUUCUCCUUUUUCAUGAAUAAAAGUUUACUUUUAUACUCCAAAGUUCACUUUUAAUUCUUUUUGUUAAUGUCAAAAGGGGGAAGAUAUCAAGGUUAUGCAUAAAUUGAGGGGGAAUUA